UCUUUUUCUUCUUAGUUUCGAACGCAGGAAGCGCCCUAGCCUUGAAAGUGAGCAACAGUUCCCUUUUACACCCUUCCUACCCCCCUUCACCCCUGCUUCCCGUAUUUCGUCCGGCAGCUCUAUCUGCUUCUCAUCCAGUCGGAGUCGAUACGAGGUGCUUCUUCGGACUCAUCACUUUCUAGAAUAAUAAAUAAAAAUUAUCUAAAUUAUUUUUGUAUCUGAUCUCGAUUAGGGAUCGAAUCAGCAUCUGAUUUUUGAGACAUUUGUUGGCGAAAUUUUUGGCUAUGAAACUGCCUCGUGAUGGAAUGAAUUGUUGUAUGUGUUUAAAAGAUGUGAGCCGCUGGUGGAAGUGAGUUUUAUGAAGUUAAUCAUAUGUUCUCGAGGGAAAAAAAUAAUUAAUUUUUCGUAUCACCCUUUAACUCCUUUAAACCGAAUUUAGCCUUAGUCGGAGAUUUAACAAUCAAUACAUAAAUUAUAAUUCAUAAUUUAUUAGUUUUAUAUUGAAUACUUAAUUUUUUAUAGUAAAUUUAGGAAUGAAUGUUGUGUCUAUUAGAAACUAUUUAAAAAAUUAGAAUAUUUGGAAAAGUAAAAUUUUGUUUCAGAAGUAAAAUUAAUUAAAAAUGAAAAGACUCUGUUCAAAAAAUUUAAACGAGAUUGUUUCUAGUGAUAUCAGUUUUAAUCAUGCCACAUUUGCAAUAAAUUUUAGUUAUUUGUUUCAUAUAUUGCAUAAAAAAAAUUAGAAUUUAAAUUGAAAUGAAAUUUAAUGCCUACUUAUGUAUUCUGUUCCAUAGAAUGAGCAUAAUGCUAUCCUCUCGAAUAGCAAAUUAUCUUCAACCUAACGCAAAAAAGACAUUUAAGUUGUUAAUGGUUAAUAUAUGAAAUACUUUACAUUUGCCGAUUUCUUCUGAAUUACAUGUGAAAACAAUUUUCUCAUCUAACUUUUAAAUACAUUUCAUUUUGCUUUUCCAAAUUAUAAUUUGAAAUAAGAAAAAAAAAAUACUUCCGUAAAACUUCUGCUUGAUUAAUGCAAUAAAUUAUAUUAGUUUUAACACCCCAAAAAUGGCUAUGGAUUAUGUACAAAUUCCGGAUAAUCAAAACUCCAGUUAUAUUUUCUUAAGUGCUAAUAUUUCCAAUGGUACGCUAUGCUGCAAGUUUUGUGUUUGAGCCGAGCUUAUGUGUAUGGAUAAAACAUCUUGAGUUUGUCACGAAUUGAUAAUAUGACAAGUUUCAACUCGUGAAACAAUGAUGUGAAAUAAGUUUUUUUAAAUGAUGCGAACCAUGAUAAGAGAGAUUGUGAAUAACCACAACAUUCGCUUACCCCUGACUUCUAAAAAAAAGCAGCCACGCAACGAGCCAUGACAGAACUCGUUGAGCAGAAGGCAGUAACUGGAAACCCCGUUUGUGGAGGCCCUGACCAAUCCUGGAGGGCCGAUAUUGAGCCCGAUGAGGAUGACUUGGACAAGGUAUCUGUCCUGUCUGACCAUUCAUCUGGCCAUGGUAGCCAUGGCUCUAGUGCUUACAGCUGUUCCACAAGCGGUUCUUCUAGGACUUGCAGCUCUACUGUGGCUUCUGAGUGUGAUGGAACUAGCUCCACCUGUAGCUGUAGUGCGAGUGGAAGUUCCGAGUUCGAUCCCAGAGCUCAUCUUCCCUAUCCAACUUACGUACCCGUUUCCUGGUACUGCCUAGAGCAAACGACUCGACCCAGGAACUGGUGCCUUUGGCUUAUCUCAAAUCCAUAUCCUUUUGCUACAUUCAUUAAUUGUGUCUCUUUUUCUAGGGCAUCUCUAAGGUAAGAUUUCUGUGUCUUAUGUAGUGUUAAAUUUAUAAUGUGUGGUAUGCAUUAAUGGCUCUAUCUACUUUGUGGGUAAAAUAACUCAACCCAAUAUUCGAAAUUAAGGCUGGUUUUUUGGCAUUAUUUUAAGAAAG